UUUAAUGCAUUUGAACUACACGAACGGAGACUCUCUCUCUCACUCAACUCUUUUCUUUUUGUUUCCUCUCUUUGUGAUAAGAAAAAGGCUUCGAUUUUAAUCAUAAAACUCUGAAAAUCUUAAAUUUAUAGUCUUACUCUUAUCUGUUUCUCGGUGAAACUCUAAGCCCAAAAAUUGGGUCUGCAUUUAUUGGAGUGGCAGAGACAGAAUUGGUGAAGAAAGUAGAGGCUUUUUGUUGAUCCAUGAGGCUUUAGCUGGUUCACUCCCAAUUUUUUUCACAUAUGGAUAGAGCUCGUCCCUUUUCUCCUUUUAUUCUCUUAUAGUCCAAAUUUUGAUUUUAAAAAUGGGGGUUGAGAAAGAAGGCUCAAAAAAUGGAGCAGGUUAUGUUGGUGGUUUCUUUCAGCUGUUUGACUGGACUGCUAAAUCUAGGAAGAAGUUGUUCUCAAGCAAGUCAGACUUACCAGCCCGUUCAAAACAAGGAAAGAGAAGUGAUGGGAACUUGCCAAUGACGCGGCUAAAUCUGAUGGAUGAGGAUGAAACUGCAGCAGGAUCAAGUAUUAGAGGGAGUAGUGAUUAUAGUUGUGCUUCAUCAGUAACAGAUGAUGACGGAUUUGGAGCUAGGGCCCCUGGGGUAGUAGCGAGACUUAUGGGGCUAGAUUCUAUGCCGACUUCCAGUUUUGCUGAGCCCAAUUGUACCCCAUUUUUGGAUACCCAAUCUCUUAGGGAGGCUUCCCAGAGGAGGAAACAUUUUGAAUAUUAUCAUGAUCCUCAAAUUAUGUAUUCUGGAAUUCUACUUAAUAAGGAGGAAGGCCCUCCUAGGAACUUCUUAGAGUCGAAGCCUCAGAAGGUGUUAAGCAGGCCUAUUGAAAAGUUCCAAACUGAAAUUUUGCCUCCGAAGUCUGCUAAAUCAAUUCCAGUUACUCACCAUAAACUUUUAUCUCCUAUUAAAAGUCCUGGCUUCAUUCCUAGUAAAACUGCUGCUCACAUAAUGGAAGCGGCUGCAAGAAUUAUCGAGCCUAGCCCACAAGCUAUUGCCAAGGCCAAAAUUUCUAUGGUUGGAUCUUCUUCAGUACCCCUGAAAGUUCGGGAUCUUAAAGAAAAACUGGAAGGUGCACAGAAAAUGCCAUUGGUUGGGUCCUCUUCACUACCUCUGAAAAGUCGAGAUUUAAAGGAGAAAUUGGAAGCUCCUAAUAGAACAUCCAGGCUUGCUGAAGCUUCUCGAAGACCUGCUGAGUCAAAUGCUGCGAAGUAUCUUAAGGGACAGCCUUUGAACAAAAGCUGGAAUGGAUCAGUAGAAACAACAUCUUUCAGGUCUUCUCCUGAGACUGAAGAAGGUGCUUCUGGUUUAAAGAAUAAGGGAAAAUCUAUCUCGCUCGCAAUCCAAGCAAAGGUCAAUGUUCAAAGAAGAGAAGGUUUGAAUACAAGUAACAGUCGAACCUUGGUAGGCCAGAAAGACCAGAGUGAGGCUGUCUCUAGCCAGAAUAUAAGGAGCCAACCAAACAUCCAAAAGAGUUUGCCAAGAAAAUCUGUACAUAAUGGUCCUACUGUUCUCAGGCAAAAUAAUCAGAAGCAAAAUUGCAUUGUGGAUAAAGACAAGUCUUCAAAGUCACCAAUUUCCAACUCACAGUGUAGGAAGACUCCGUCUGGAAAUCCUUCUGUGAGGCAAAAAACAUCAGGUAAAACUGCUGGUUCCAAAACUGGAACCAGGAAGUUGAGCCCAGAUGUUACAGAUAGUGAAAAGGGACUUUCAAGUUACAGUAUUAAGCAUAUUCCGAGGAAGAAGAGAUCUAUAGAUGGGACCUUACAUCUUGAGAAAAAUCAGGGGUUGAAUAACAUGUUAAUUGACAAUAGCCGGAAGGAGAUUGACUCAAAGCCUGCCUUUGACAGAAACUUGAGUUGGGCAGAAGAAAGCAAGAAGAAAGGCAUGGAUGUUGUUUCAUUUACAUUUACAGCUCCCUUGACAAGAUCUAUACCUGGUUAUGAAACAUCUGGUCAGCUUGUCCAGAAAAAUAGCGGUGCUUGCAUGGAUAAUCGGGGGAAGAGGUUGUUGCUUGACACAGAUAGUAUGAAGCUAUCUUCAGUGGGAUACAAUGUCAUAGGAGGAGAUGCUUUGAGUAAUCUCUUAGAACAAAAGUUAAGGGAAUUAACCAAUACUGUAGAGUCUUCUGGCCGAAAUCCUGUGAAAACAGGAUCAGCCUCGACUUCUGCAUCAUUUUUGCAAGAUUUGACUCCAGCUCUCAAUUCAGGAGGAACUACUCCAAAGUUACAUGAUAACAAGGGCCGAAACAUGCUGCUAAUAGAUAAAUCAGGCAGCAGCUAUGAUUCUGAUGUAUUCUCAUCUGAUCCUGCGGCUCUUAGAUUGAAACACUUGUUUCAGGGAGUUGAUGAGAUGGAAGAAUGCAGCAGCAAAUCUAGUGAUUCCAGAAAACUACUUGAUCUUAGACGUCCCAGUCCGGUGUCUGUUCUUGAGCCUUCCUUUUCAACUGAAAGUAGCAGUUCUCUGGACAGCACAUAUUGUAGCAGUACUGAAGGUAGCAAGCAAUGUUCAUCUAUUCAAGCUCAGGAAAUUUUUGGUUUCAAUUCUUCAAAGAAGUUCCAUUAUGUUGAUGCUGAUACAGAUUUAUCAGAUUCUGCUUCUUCAACAUCUAAUGGCAUUACAGCUAGGAAGCAUGCAAAUAUUUUUCCUGUGACAGAUAUAGUGAAAUCAACCAACUGGGAAAUAGAGUAUGUGCAGAAGAUACUAUGCAAUCUGGAAUAUAUGUUUAAUGACUUUGCACUAGGUCGGGCUUCUGAGAUCAUAAACCCUCAUCUAUUCAACCAGUUGGAAAAUCGUAAAGAGGGACUAGUUAGUGAUAGUGUUGAGGCUAGGCUAGAGCGGAAGGUUAUAUUUGACUGUGUGGGAGAAUGCUUGGAUAUAAGAUGUAGGCGGUAUGUUGUUGGUGGAUGCAAAUCAUGGUCAAAAGGAGUAAUGACAGUGAGAAGAAAAGAUUGGCUAGCUGAAGAAGUGCUGAAGGAGGUCUCAGGAUGGAGAGGCAUGGGGGAUUGUAUGGUGGAUGAGCUUGUGGACAAGGAUAUGAGCAGUCAAUACGGAAGAUGGCUAGAUUUUGAAGUUGAUGCUUUUGUACUUGGAACUGAGAUUGAGUGCCAAAUAUAUAACACUCUGCUUGAUGAGGUGGUUGCUGAUAUCUUUCUGCGAUGACGCUGUUAACUAAAGAAGUGUAUAUCUGAAACAGCAUGGUGGAUCAGAUUGGAGAUCUGUUUCCGAUAACAUUAUUGUUAAACUUUCAAGCCAUGCUUCUGUAUCAGAGGUGGAGUACUCUGAGGUCAAGGGCUAAAAAGUCUUGCAGUUCUGAUAGUUCGAGCAUGAGCAGUUUCCACCUCCAGUACAUGUUAAUUAGUUUCCUUAAUUAGAUUGUUACUUGGGGUUCUUGCAUUUGUAAGAUUUCAAUAUUUCUUGCUCAGAUUAUUGUUUCAUUUGUUGCCUUGUGGAUUAGUGAAGUGUUUAUAAGAUGUUAUCUGCGAAUCACUAUAACGAAAGGCCAGAGGUCCCACUUUCGAAUUA